CACUCACGGGGCGAUGGCUCUGCACCGGCUGCUGUUCGCGGGCCGCAGAUCGCGUCUCUUCGGCAGCAAGGACAGCUGGUCAGAGAGCCAUGUGGCCUCGCCACCUGUGGGGGGCCCUGACCCCUGUGAGCCGUGCCCGCUGGCUCCCGAGGUCAUCUGCUCAGACGAGGAGGAUCAGGAGGACCCAGCGGAUUACUGCAAGGGCGGCUACCACCCGGUGUGUGUGGGCGAGGUGUACAGCGAGCGCUACCGCGUGGUGCGCAAGCUGGGCUGGGGACACUUCUCUACCGUGUGGCUCUGCUGGGACCUCGCGGCGAGUGAGAUGAUGCUCGUGCCCCUGCGGUUUGUCGACCGUUCGCUAAAGGAGUCCAGACCCGGCAUUUUGCUGGGGCCCGUCUAG